CACCAGAUAGCAGCGCCCCCUGCUGGCUAACUUCGGUAAAACAUCUGACUGCGAAGACAUCCCGCCUGCCUCUAAAAAUCGCAGAUGAGCUGCAGCGGCGGCGGCGGCGUGAGAUAGCGGCGUCCUCCUCCACCGGGUGACGGACCGACUGACCGCCCGCUCGGUGGAAACGUAAUGGACGUGCGGACCGGGAGCGGAGCAGAGAGCCGCAGUCCCCAGAUGGCGGAGUGAGUGAGGAUGCGACUCCCUAGUUCCAUCUUUGUGUCGGUGUCUCUGUUCACGGCCGAGACCACGGCGGCGCUCUACCUCAGCUCCACGUACCGCUCAGCUGGAGACCAGAUCUGGCAGGGGCUCACGCUCCUCUUCACGCUCGUACCGUCCGUUCUCGUGCAGCUGACCCUCACCUUCAUCCACCGGGACCUGAGCAGAGACAGACCGCUCAUUCUGCUGCUGCACAUCCUGCAGCUCGGACCCAUCGUCAGGUGCCUGGAGGCAUUCUGUAUUUAUGGCAGCGUGGGCAGCGGGGAGGAGCCUUAUGUCAGCAUCACCAGGAAGAAGCAGAUGCCUCGUGGGGGGCAGUCUGAGGAGGUGGAGCGGCAGGUGGGGCAGGCGGAGGGGAAACUGUUUACACACCGAGCAGCCUUCGCCCGCACCUCUGUCAUUCAGGCCUUCUUGGGAUCUGCCCCCCAGCUCACCCUGCAGCUCUACAUCUGUGUCCUGCAGCAGGGAGUCUCCAUCGGAAGAGGUACUCUGAUGGUGAUCUCCUUGCUGUCCAUUGUGUAUGGUGCUCUAAGAUGCAACAUCCUGGCCAUUAAGAUCAAAUAUGACGACUACGAAGUGGACGUUCGGCCCAUGGCUUAUCUGUGCAUCUUCCUGUGGAGAAGCUUUGAAAUCGCCACUCGUGUGGUGGUUCUGGUUCUGUUCAGCUCUGUGCUGCAGCUCUGGAUCCUGCCUGUAGUUCUACUUAAUUUCCUCAUCUUCUUCCUCUACCCCUGGAUCCUCUUCUGGCAGAGCCACUCGCCGUUCCCUGAGAAUAUAGAAAAGACUCUGACCAGAGUGGGGACCACAAUCGUGCUCUGCCUGCUCACUUUCCUCUACGCUGGCAUCAACAUGUUCUGCUGGUCAGCUGUGCAGGUGAAACUCAGCGACCCAGACCUCAUCAAUAAAUCCCAGAACUGGUAUCGCAUGGCUGUGUACUAUAUGUUGCGCUUUGUUGAGAACGCCUCACUGCUUCUGUUGUGGUACAUCUAUAAAACAGACUUCUACAAGUUCAUCUGCGCCCCGCUGCUUGUGCUGCAGCUGCUGGUUGCAUACGCCAUCGGCAUCUUCUUCAUGCUGGUCUUCUACCAGUUCUGUCACCCAUGUCGGAGGCUCUUCUCCGCCAGCAUGACACAGGGCCUGUGGAACUGCUCCUCUCUGCUCUGCCUCAUGUGCACCUCGUCUUCUCCUCAAAGAAGGCCGAUGGUGAAGUCUGUCCUGGCGCCUCAGAGCCCAGGCAUGCACAAAGAGCGGGCUAACGACGGAGAACACGACACAGCCAGUGAUACAACAGAGGACCUGCCGAAUGACACAACCUACGAUAUGCUCAAUGAUACAGUCUGUGACACUACUAAUGAAAUGGCCAGUAACAUAGGUGGUGGAAUCAAUGGUGACAUUAGCCAGAGUGUAUCCUGCAAUGCUAAAAGCAUCACAAAUGUUUGACGUGCCAUUAAGGGAAGUGACUCUGACAGUUAUCAUCUGUAACCUUUUAAGUGCCACAUGGAUCCCUCUGGAGUUGAGUUUACACUUUCAUAUAUCCAUCUCAACUCAUUUGUUUUCUGCCUAUGUCUCCUGCUCCUUCAUGAAAUGUGUCCUUAACUGGAGAUCUGGCUGCAAAUACGCAUCACGUUCAGACACACCACAGAGGUGGUGCUCGCUGUCAUCAUCAAUCACCCUAUGAAGCCCUUCAUUCUGCAGCCUUUAAAUCAAACACAUGGAUGCCACCACUACAUUGCGUAGUCUAGGAGACUGUUUCCACCUAAAUGCUGCAUUACUGAUCACCACGAGCUCUUGAAUUGAUUGUAUUUAGUAUAAAUCUUUGGCAUGGAGGUGUGCAUGUGUUGAGCCUCAAAUGAACUGCUUCUCUGCAAGGGUGGGGGUGGGGGUGGGAGGGGGAGGGGGAGGGGGGCGAAUCUGUUUUGUACAGGGUUUUUUUGAGACACCCCCCUCCCCUAGUUUAAUGGCUGCAAGUAAUCAGUUUUUUUACUCCUUGAUAAGAGCUUUAUCAUGAUUAUGCGCUGCUUCUGUGAUGUAUUUGUGCUUCAGUGAUGUUUAAUCACACAAUGUCAGAGCCCUCUAAGUCACACAACAUAUUACUGUAAAGCACACACAUCUCCCAGCGUCGUGUUUUUGCACGUUUACAGAAAGAAAAACAGGAUAAAAGUGGCUUUGAUCAACUGUCGAGGUGUGAAACGCUUUGUUGGUAUGUAUUUGCAUUUUUCUAACUCACUCUUGUCACGUCUGCAAGUCUGUGUCUCAUUUGUUAGAAUAUUUAACACCAAAAUCGAUUAUAUCUCACUGAAAAAUGUUUAAAAUUCAAAGUAUAUUUGCAUAUUUUCAACCUUUGAUGUGUGUGAGAGAAUGCCAGUGUUUGUUUUUUGCACUAACUCCUUUUUGCAAUGUAUCUGCAGAGGGAUGUGGACCCCAGCUAUCACAUAAAUCCUCCUAAUGUUUGUUUAAAAGAGUUGAAGAGCAACUUUUGAAGCCAAAAAAACAUUUUAAAAAAGUUGUACACAUCUAACAUUGUCAUACAAAGCAAAGUAAAAGGAAUUUAAGGGAUAGAAUCCUACAUGGAAAUUUAAAUAAAUUUAUAUUUAUAUGUGAAAA